AUGCAGCCCCAGCCCCUCGGGAGGGCCCAGCAGCCAGCGCUGCUGCUGACAGAGCCCUGCCUUGACAAGCGGGUGGCUGCCCCGCCGCCCGGCGCACAGGGCUCGCGCUCCCGCCAGGAGCACGGGCUGUCUGGCCCCUUGUCAGUGAGGGUGGAUACAGGUGGAGUCCAGGUGGCCCGGGUGACUGCCGUCUCUGCUCUUCGCAAGCCUGGUCUGUUGACUGCUGUCCGUUCUGGCAGUGACCCCAGAGAAGCGCCUUCCCGAGUCGGAUUUCCGGGAGAGCCGGGCCAGUGCGGCCUGCUUUACGACAAGCGUUGUUUGCUGUGCUUGUUGGUCAGUAAUUUAUUGAGUCACCAAAGUGCUUCAUUCAUAAAAAUUCCUCAUAUAAACAAAUUAAUAAUAUUUCUUCUUUUGAGAUUCCCCAGAUGCCAUUUGAAGGAAUGUUCGUUCUCUGGUCCAGUACAUUCCGUUUCCUGUACCUACACUGUGAGCGACGCGCCCUCACCUGAACUGUUGCUCUCUCUUCUAGGGAAAUCCUCACUGACGAUUCAGUUUGUGGAAGGCCAGUUUGUUGACUCCUAUGAUCCAACCAUAGAAAACACUUUCACAAAAUUGAUCACAGUGAAUGGACAAGACUAUCACCUUCAGCUUGUGGAUACAGCUGGGCAAGAUGAAUACUCCAUCUUUCCUCAGACGUACUCCAUAGACAUUAAUGGCUACAUUCUUGUGUACUCUGUCACAUCCACCAAGAGUUUUGAAGUGAUUAAAGUUAUCCACGGCAAAUUGUUGGACAUGGUGGGGAAAGUACAAAUACCGAUCAUGUUGGUUGGGAAUAAGAAAGACCUGCAUAUGGAAAGGGUGGUCAGUUACGAAGAGGGGAAGGCCUUAGCAGAGUCUUGGAACGCGGCUUUUUUGGAAUCUUCUGCUAAAGAAAAUCAGACUGCUGUGGAUGUUUUCAGGAGGAUAAUUUUGGAGGCAGAGAAAAUCGACGGGGCCGCUUCCCAGGGAAAGUCUUCCUGCUCGGUGAUGUGACCCCGCCGCCACCCCAGGGCGCCUGCUGUGGGCCAAGGCCCGCCACCUGCGAGACAGACUCUGCUUCUUCCUCUUCUGUUAACCUGAGAGAUCGCGUUUGGGUCAGAGCUUCCCCUUCCAGAUUAUGUUAAACUCUGACUCUGUCCAGAUGAGUUCACUUCCAUGUUCAAAUUUUAAGCAAUCAUAUUUUCAAUUUAUAUAUUGUAUUUCUUAAUAAUAUUAUGACCAAGAAUUUUAUCGGCAUUAAUUUUUCAGUGUAGUUUGUUGUUUAAAAUAAUGUAAUCAUCCAAAUGAUACACAUUGUUACACUACUAUUAACUAGGCUUCGAUAUAUCAGUGUUUAUUUCAUUGUGUUAAAUGUAUACUUGUAAAUAAAUUAGCUGCAAACCUUA